GUGUGUGUGUGUGUGUGUGUGUGUGCAGGUGAUAGAGAGUCGUCAGAGCAGCGCUCCACACCUGCUGCCUGAAGAUGUUUUCGGUGACAAACCCAGACUGCCAGAAGGUGAGCUGAAAGUAGACGAAGACUUCCUGUUCUCCCAGUCGAAGAUCUGCGAGGCUCUGACAGGAAGUGGCUACAGUGCACACGCCGAACGUUUCAACACGCCAUACACGCCUCAGAUAACCGAUGAGGACCGUCUGUCGAAGAGGAAAAGUAUCGGAGACGUCAUCUCUCUGCAGAUAGACAUGGACCCUGAGUACUGUGAUACAGAGCAGAAACCUGAGACGGAGCAGAUCACCUUUGAGACUCUGAAGAACGCCAUUGAUGAUAGAGGCAGCGUGGAGGAGGACGAGCGCCGGAGAAUGCAGGUGAUGGAGAAGUUCCAGACAGCUCCGUUCGAAGAGAUCGCUGCUCACUGUGGAGCCAGGACCUCUCUGCUUCAGUCCAGACUGGAUCACAUCUUUGAUUUGAUCAUCCGUCCUCCUCCGUCUCCGUCUGGACACUCUCCACCUCGCUCCACUCCGCUCUAUGAGAUGAAGUUUCCAGACCUGUGUGUCUAUUAGACCCUCAGGACUCAUGUUGAGACCCUUUCCUGUUGACUCCCUGGGACCUGUGUGUCUCCUAGAACCUCAGGACUCAUGUUGAGGCCCUUUCCUGUUGACUCCCUGGGACCUGUGUGUCUAUUAGACCCUCAGGACUCAUGUUGAGACCCUUUCCUGUUGA